AUGAUACCAAUUUAUGUGUGGCCAAUAGGUCUUCUAUCGAGUCUUUUCUUUUGGAAAUGGCUUCAAAGAUCGCGUUAUCGUUCUAUUUCACGCAAUUGUGCUGUCAGAAAACGACUCGCUCGUGACAAACGUCGGGAAGAGUUACUACAUCUUCUCCGAACUAAGUACGCAGCACAAUUGCCUGAACCCAAAAUAACGGAGAAGAUCUACAAAUCGACGGCUACUGAGUUGUUGGAUAGUCUGAAAAGAAAAGAGUUUACUUACACUCAGGUGGUUCUUGUCCUCUCUCUUCGUUCAAUCAAAAUCGGACAAGAAAUCAACUGCACGACGGAAGAGUUCUUCGACCAAGCAAUUCAAGCGGCCGAGACAUUCGAUGCCGAUACUGAUGAUCAGAGCGAACUUCUACUCAAAGGCAUUCCGAUGUCUAUCAAAGAUCAUAUUGAUCAAAAGGGCGCAGAUUCCUCGAUGGGCAUGACAGCGCGCAAUUUUCAACCACUAUUAAAAGACGGCCUUAUUGUUCAGCUUAUGAAAGAACAAGGAGCAAUAGCUGGUUUUGUUCGCACAGCGACCAUACAAGGCAUGAUGUUACCUGAGAGUGAAAGCGAAACUUAUGGAGUUGCUACUAAUCCUUAUAAUCGAACACGUACGACAGGCGGUAGUUCCGGCGGCGAUGGUGCACUUGUCGCUGCUCAUGGAGCGCCAAUAGGUAUCGGUUCGGACAUUGGCGGUAGUAUUCGUAUUCCUGCACAUUUCUGUGGCGUGUUUGGUUACAAACCAACUCCAGGACGGCUCACUCGUAAAGGUGUAACAGUACCAUCUACGAAGAAAUAUAUGGGUGAAACAAACGUUCGUGCGACUGUGGGUCCAUUAGCACGUUGCACCGAUGAUCUUGUUUUGGUAAUGCGUUCAUUCUUACAAGAAACGAUGUGGACUGAAGAUACCGAGACACCGAGACAACCAUGGCGUGAAGAACGAUUCAACGAACAGAAAAGAUUAACGAUUGGAUAUUAUACCAAUGAUAAUUGGUUUUCACCAGCACCUGCUUGUAUUCGAGCGGUGAACGAAGCUGCAGAUGCUCUUCGAAAGCUUGGCCAUAAAGUUAUACCAUAUACACCCAUUGACGUCCCAGAAGCAGUGCGUCUUUACGUUGGACUUGUCGGUGCUGAUGGCGCACGUCAUUUUCUUGAAUCCUUACAGAACGAACCUCCGAAUCCAUUUUAUUCUCUGCUCAUCUUCGCUAAUAAACUUCCGAAUUUUCUUCGUCCAUUGCUAGCCUUUAUUCUACGCUUAUUUGGUGAACGGCGUAGCGCACACACUCUGCUCGCAUCCGGACCAAAAAGUGCUUAUCAAUAUUUCGACUUAGUUAUCGAUCUGCGACAGUAUACUGACCGUUGGUUAGAUGAAAUGAAAAAGAAUCGCAUCGAUCUUCUUCUUACGCCUGUUAAUGCAUUACCAGCGUACCGUCGUGGACAAUCUUCAACUCUAUUUAGUUCAUGUAGUUACACGUUUCUUUUCAAUGUUUUACAUCUACCAGCCGGUGUUGUACCAAUGACUGUAGUUCGAGAUGACGAACAAUAUUACGAAGAUAUUGGGCAUUCGAACAAUGACAUGAUGGUUUCCUUGGCAAAAGAUGUGUGUCGAGAGUCAGCUGGCUUACCCAUUGGCGUUCAGCUCGCUGGUUGGCCCAAUGAUGAUGAACGUGUACUACGUGUUAUGAAAGAACUAGAAAAUGCGAUCGAUAAAAGUCAACGACCAGUGCCAGCUUUAGCUAAUCAUAUUGACAUUUACGCAAAUUGA